GUUCUUGGGGGCUGGGUGGCUGCAGCUGGCAAGGGGGUGGGAGACUAUGGACGCCUCCUUCAAGGAGGCCUGGCUUCAUCCACAGGCAGGGCCCAUUCAGGUGGCUGGGUAUGAGUGAGGGGCCUAGGAGGAGAGGGAUGGUGGGGCUCUCUUCUCCCACAUGCACUGUGGGCUCAGGGCACUUGCUGGGCUGUGGGUCUCAUUGCAGAGAGGAUGCUGCUCCUGGCCCUAACAGGGCUCCUGGCCAUUCUGGCCGUGUCCCAGCCCUCUGAGGGUGCCGCUCCAGCUGUCGUGGGGGAGGUGGAGACCUCGGUGGUGCUGACCUGCAUGGAGGAAGCUAAGCGGCUCGUGGACAAGGCCUACAAGGAGCGGCGGGAAAGCAUCAAGCAGCGGCUUCGCAGUGGCUCGGCCAGCCCCAUGGAACUCCUGUCCUACUUCAAGCAGCCGGUGGCAGCCACCAGGACAGCUGUGAGGGCCGCUGACUAUCUGCAUGUGGCCCUAGACCUGCUGCAGCAGAAGUUGCGGCCCCUGCGGCCGGGGCCCUUCAAUGUCACUGAUGUGCUGACGCUCGCCCAGCUGGAUCUGCUGUCCAAGUCAAGUGGCUGCGCCUACCAGGACGUGGGGGUGACGUGCCCGGAGAAGGACAAGUAUCGCACCAUCACCGGGCACUGCAACAACAGACGCAGCCCCACGCUGGGGGCCUCCAACCGCGCCUUUGCUCGAUGGCUGCCAGCCGAGUACGAGGACGGCUUCUCGCUGCCCUACGGCUGGACGCCCGGCGUCAAGCGCGGCGGCUUCCCGGUGCCCCUGGCUCGCGCGGUCUCCAACGAGAUCGUGCGCUUCCCCACGAAGCAGCUGACCCCGGACCGGCAGCGCUCGCUCCUGUUCAUGCAGUGGGGACAGCUGAUCGACCACGACCUCGACUUCACCCCCGAGCCCGCCGCCAGGGUCUCCUUCCUCACCGGCCUAAACUGCGAGACCAGCUGCCUGCAGCAGCCGCCCUGCUUCCCGCUCAAGAUCCCACCCAACGACCCCCGCAUCAAGAACCGACGCGACUGCAUCCCCUUCUUCCGCUCCUGCCCGGCCUGCACCGGGAGCAACACCACCAUCCGCAACCAGAUCAACGCGCUCACAGCCUUCGUGGACGCCAGCAUGGUGUACGGCAGCGAGGACCCCUUGGCCAUGAGGCUGCGCAACAGGACCAACCAGCUGGGGCUGCUGGCUGUCAACACCCGCUUCCGAGACAAGGGCCGGGCCCUGCUGCCCUUCGACAACCUGCACGACGACCCCUGUCUCCUCACCAACCGCUCCGUGCGCAUCCCCUGCUUCCUGGCAGGGGACACCCGCUCUAGUGAGAUGCCCGAGCUCACCUCCAUGCACACCCUAUUUUUGCGGGAGCACAACCGGCUGGCCACACAGCUCAAGCGCCUGAAUCCCCGCUGGGAUGGAGAGAGGCUCUACCAGGAAGCCCGGAAGAUCGUGGGGGCUAUGGUCCAGAUCAUCACUUACCGGGACUAUCUGCCCCUGGUGCUGGGGCCAGAGGCCUUGAGGAAGUACCUGCCCAAGUACAGCGGCUACAAUGACUCGGUGGACCCGCGCAUCUCCAAUGUUUUCACCAAUGCCUUCCGCUAUGGCCACACCCUCAUCCAGCCCUUCAUGUUCCGCCUGGACAAUCGAUACCGGCCCAUGGAGCCCAACCCCCGUGUCCCACUCAGCAAGGUCUUUUUUGCCACCUGGAGGGUAGUGCUGGAAGGUGGCAUUGACCCCAUCCUCCGAGGCCUCAUGGCCACCCCUGCCAAGCUGAAUCGCCAGAACCAAAUUGUGGUAGACGAGAUCCGGGAACGAUUGUUUGAGCAGGUCAUGAGGAUCGGGCUGGACUUGCCUGCUCUGAACAUGCAGCGCAGCCGGGACCAUGGCCUCCCAGGGUACAACGCCUGGAGGCGCUUCUGCGGGCUCCCGCAGCCCAACACAGUGGGCGAGCUGGGCACAGUGCUGAAGAACCUGGGCUUGGCGAGAAAGCUGAUGGCGCUGUAUGGCACGCCCAACAACAUUGACAUCUGGAUGGGUGGCGUGGCCGAGCCCCUGCAGCCCAAUGGCCGCGUGGGCCCACUCCUCGCCUGCCUCAUAGGCACCCAGUUUAGGAAGCUCCGGGAUGGUGAUCGGUUUUGGUGGGAGAACACGGGCGUGUUCAGCACACAGCAGCGGCAGGCCCUGGCCAAGAUCUCCUUGCCCCGCAUCAUCUGCGACAACACAGGCAUCACUACCGUGUCCAAAAACAACAUCUUCAUGUCCAACUCAUUUCCCCAGGACUUUGUCAACUGCAGUACACUCCCUGCGUUGGACCUGGCUCCCUGGAGGGGCAGUGCCUAGAGGCUGGGUAAGGGGAUGCAUCAGUGAGGGGUAUACGAGGGCUGGCCACUUGGAACUCCAGAGAUCGCCCUUCCCUACGUGGGCUCAUCCCUGUUCCAGUGCCAGCUGGAAGAAUAAGUGACGGGACAUUCAUUCGUAUGUGUAUGUUUGUGUGUGCAUGUGUAUAUAAACUGGGAUUUCAUAUGUGCAUUGUCUGUGAACACGGGUAGUGUUUUAUGUGCUCCGUGUGGGUGUCAUUGAUGUGAGUGUGUGUUUGCUAUUUAUGAGAGUAUCAGGUAGUGGAAAGCUGCAGAGCAGACCGGAGGAGCACAGCUCAGGAGCCAGACUGCCAGGUUCCAGUCCCGGCUGAGUUAUGGGCCCUGGCCAGCCAGGCUCAGUCCCUGGCCCCCCUUUUUCUUCCUUACUCUGUUCUCUUGCUUAUUCACAGGAGCCCACCUGGAGAGGAACUGGGGCCCACUGGCCUUUCUGUACUAUUUGUUUAUUUUAUGAUAAUAAAGUGCUGCUGAUGGGGA